AUGAUAGGAACAUCCAGAGCAAAGGAACAGCCGUGGUCCGACUGCUUCGAGGCAAAGAGCGCGUCCGCCUUCUCCCUCACAGACGCGCCGCACCUCCGACCCGUGGGAUGCGACCACAGACUGGGACUGAGAUGCCCCUUUGCGCGGUCAACUCUUCCCCCGUCUGAUUUUCGUUUGGGUUAUUUUUUUUUUUAUUUUGGAGGUGGAGAGCGCGUUUUGGCAAUUGAGGAGCGCGCAGCGUGGCGCACGCUGGAAACAAAAAGCAGCCCAGCGCAGCUCAGGCAGGUCUCCCCUUUAAAAAGCCACAGGAGCAGCAGGAGAGUUGCGGAGUCCUCUGUAGCGGGAAGCAGGAGCCGCUGCAGAACUAAGAGAGGCAACACUCUGAAAAACACCUGGAUAUUGAGGAGGAAAAAUCAGCGGAACUUGGAUAUGGCGGCUGAGAAGACGCUCGGGCUUCUCGUUGGAGUUGUUUUAGUUUUGCAGUGCGUGGGGAAUAUUCAAGAGGAGGUCACGGCCGGUGACGGCGUCUCCUACUCAUACGUGCAGGGACAGGCUGGAGAUGAAGAUGCAGCAGUGGAUGUAAAGCUGUACAGUCACAGGUGGAGAAGAUGGCUUCCCCCAAAACCUCGUAACAUGGACAGCAACCGGGCGAGUCAGGAGCACGACCAGGAUCCUGAACCAGAGAUGCCUGAAGGUUUCCCAGGCCUGCUGUCUGCUGAAGACACGGACAACAGCUCCCAAAUAGAGGAGGACACAGAUCACAACUACUAUACAUCAAAAACAUACGGACCUUCAGAUCCCAUGAGCAAGGACUUGUGGGUAAAUAUUGACGAGAUGGAAAAGGACAAAGUCAAGAUCCACGGGAUUCUGUCCAACACACACAGGCAGGCGGCGAGAGUUAAUCUGUCCUUCGAUUUCCCUUUUUACGGCCAUCUCCUGCGUGAAAUCACCGUAGCAACUGGUGGCUUCAUCUACACUGGUGACGUCGUCCACCGGAUGCUCACAGCUACACAAUACAUCGCUCCUCUAAUGGCCAACUUUGACCCGAGUGUUUCCAGAAACUCUACAGUCAUCUACUUCGACAAUGGCACAGCUCUGGUGGUGCAGUGGGACCAUGUCCACCUCCAGGAUAACUAUAACCUGGGAAGCUUCACCUUCCAAGCCACGCUGCACAACACAGGCAGGAUCGUCUUUGCAUACAAAGAGAUCCCCGUCGAGUUGUCGCAGAUCAGCUCAGUCAAUCACCCGGUGAAGGUGGGCCUGUCCGAUGCCUUUGUGGUCGUUCACAAGAUCCAACAAAUACCCAAUGUGAGGCGCAGGACGAUCUACGAGUACCACCGCGUGGAGCUGACGAAGACCAGGAUCACCAACUCGACAGCGGUGGAAAUAUUGCCAUUACCCACCUGUCUUCAGUACACCAGCUGUAGCACCUGCAUCUCCUCACUGAUCAACUUCAACUGCAGCUGGUGCCAUCGCCUCAACAGAUGUUCCAGUGGUUUUGAUCGCCAUCGCCAGGACUGGGUGGAUAACAGCUGUCCAGAUGAGACGAAGGACAAGAUGUGCGACAUCGUCGACACUACACAGGCGUACCUUUACACCACCACAAGUGGUGCAAAGACACCAUGGAGUAAAGACUCUGCAGACGGAGAUGCAGCCUCCACCUCCCACCCUCCCACCAGUGUCCCCACUGAAGAUGACACCAAGAUUGCGUUGCAUCUCAGAGACAACCAGGUGAUGCCGGCUGACAGCGCCGUAGACAGGAUGCCAGGCACACAUCCCCUGCACACCGGUCUGAUCCUGGGGAUCCUGCUGGUGAUGCUCAUCAUGAUCGCCGGCGUGCUGAUCACCGUGUACGUGUACCAUCACCCGACCUCUGCGGCCAGCCUCUUCCUCAUCGAGAGACGCCCGAGCAGGUGGCCAGCCAUGAAGUUUCGCCGGGGUUCAGGUCACCCCGCGUACGCAGAGGUGGAGCCGGUGGGCCAGGAGAAGGAGGGCUUCAUCGAGUCUGAGCAGUGCUGAGGGAGGACGGGCCGUCCUGCUCCACAGGGACGCCUCACCGGGAACAUCCAGGAUCAGCUCAGCGUACACAACGACUGACUCAUUCAAACUGUGGAAUCGGCCCAUUUAGCACUAGAUGAAACUGGAUACAGCAGCCAGUGACAUGAAAUAAUGAAAAACCCUGAAAGCUGAUCCCAGACAAGCCAACUGAUCAGCUCCUAUUGGGGAGGAACUUACCGGUCGGGGACAGAGGGAAAGAAGAGCACUGACAUCGUCGACUCAGCCGGGAUUGGUUAAGAGUAUGUGCGGCUGUGGAAGGAUUGUACAGUCUCACUGCCUAGACUGGUCUCCGGUGCGUCUGAGGGGGAGAAGGGUGACUUAUACAAUAUAUAUUUUCUGAACCAAUACAGAGUAUGUGAUCAGAGAUUUCCCCUUUAUUGUUGGUGGGGGUUACACAGAAUAGGCCUUUGUAUAUCCAUCAGGUUUUUACUUCUUUUACUCUUUCUUUCUGUACGUUGGCUCACAGGGAUUGGCACAUUUAUCUGUACAGACGACGGUAUUGCUUUUCAAUACAGGCAAGCGUAAUUGACUUUUCCACGGCCGGCUCUGCACAGAAGCAGCAGCUGCACGAUACGACGUGAGCUGAACUCCUGUCACUGCAAUCAAUCGUAGUAGCUCGAAGAAAAUCUCCCAACACGCAGCAUCGGUGUUGAAUUAGAUUCAGAUGUUUGGCUGGUUUCAUUUUCUGAAAAUGAAGUGUAUGAUUUUUUUGAUUUUUUUUUUUUUGAGUGGCGCUAUUUUUUUUAUGGGUGAUGGGAACAUUAUAUCCUUCUCUUUUAUGUAUUUCUGUUUUCAUUACUGCCGUGCCAUUUUGUCCCAGACAAGAUUUUUGCACAAUUUGUUCCAUGCACAUUUUUUUUUUUUUUUCGAUAUGUGGUACUAAUGCAAAAUUACAAGACAGGCGCUUGUGAGUGUGAAUAUAUUUUCUGAAAUGUAAGUGAUUCAUGUGUGAAUACAGAAGAGCAGUUUACAUUACAUAUGGGAUGCCCACCUGCUUUCUGGAUGCAUAUGUACGAGCUGGCUUUGCACAGUCGACUUAUUGAUCAUACAGUUUGUGUGAGCCAGCAAACACAGUGGUCAGAUUGGAGUGUUUAUUGACUUUACAGUGUGGUUUCCUUUUCCAGUCACGUUGCCAUGCAUAACCAGUUCUGUGUCCACGUUGACUAUUUGAUUCAUUCAUGUCAGGAUAAUAAUGUAUAUACCAAGGCCAAAACAUUUGCAGAUUCAGGUAACCCAUGGCAAACAUUUGUAGUAUAGCAA